AAUCUCAGCCCUCCGAUUUUUCCCAAGCGCGUCCUCGCGCGUUUUCCCACCCCUUUCCUCGCGUCUUCUCCGAACGCGAAAAAGAGAAAAAAACUCGCAGGAGAGUGAGACAGUCUUCUCUCUCCCCCUCGCAUAAAUUCACACUGCUUUCACCUCCUCUUCUGCUCCCUUCAAAGUCUCAUAGAGAGAGAAAGUGUAACCGUAGAGAGAGAGAGAGAGAGAGAGAGAGAGAGAGAGAGAGAGAGGUGGUGGUGGAGGUAAUUGAGGCAAUGGCUGACGUGUCGCAGACAGUCGGAGCAGGCCAAUUCUCCGAUUUCCCGGCGGUGCAGACGUACGGCGGCCAGUACGUCCGGUACAACAUAUUUGAUAAUUUCUUUGAGGUUACGGCGAAGUACCGGCCUCCGAUCAUACCUAUAGGCCGAGGUGCUUACGGAAUCGUGUGUUCGGUGCUGAACUCGGAGACGAACGAGCUGGUAGCGAUCAAGAAGAUACCUAACGCGUUUGAUAAUCACAUGGAUGCGAAGCGUACGCUCCGUGAAAUCAAGCUUCUUCGGCAUUUGGAUCACGAAAAUGUUAUAGGAAUAUUAGAUGUGAUUCCUCCACCUGUAAGAAGGGAAUUUUCUGAUGUCUACAUUGCCACGGAACUCAUGGAUACUGAUCUUUACCAAAUAAUCCGCUCCAACCAAAGUUUGUCUGAGGAGCACUGUCAGUACUUUCUAUAUCAACUCCUACGUGGACUGAAGUAUAUACAUUCUGCAAAUGUUAUUCAUAGAGACUUGAAACCCAGCAACCUUUUGGUGAAUGCAAAUUGUGAUCUGAAAAUUUGCGACUUUGGUCUUGCUAGACCAACUUCAGAGAGCGACUUCAUGACAGAAUAUGUGGUCACCAGAUGGUACAGAGCACCUGAGCUAUUGUUGAAUUCUUCAGAUUAUACUGCUGCAAUAGAUGUGUGGUCUGUGGGUUGCAUCUUUAUGGAGCUUAUGAACAGAAAGCCUCUGUUUCCAGGAAAAGAUCAUGUGAAUCAGAUGCGCUUAUUGACAGAGCUUCUUGGUACACCCACUGAAUCUGAUCUUGGGUUUGUUCGGAAUGAGGAUGCAAAAAGAUUCAUUCGGCAACUCUCUGCAUAUCCUCGUCAGUCAUUGGCAAGGGUUUUCCCACAUGUUCAUCCAUUAGCCAUUGAUCUUGUUGAUAGAAUGUUGACAUUUGAUCCAACUAGAAGAAUUACUGUUGAAGAAGCAUUGUCCCAUCCUUAUCUUUCAAGAUUACAUGACGUAGCAGAUGAGCCGGUCUGCCCAAAGCCAUUCUGUUUUGACUUUGAGCAACCAGUCUUGGGAGAAGAACAGAUGAAGGAUAUGAUUUACCAGGAGGCAUUGUCGUUCAAUCCUGCAUAUGCAUAAUACAAAAAUCAACGUCCAUGCCCAGUCCUCCAUAUAAUUAUUCGAUAAUCUAUGAAGUUUUGAGUAGCAUUGUUUGAUUAAUAGGUGAUCGUGAUCGAAAUAUUGCAACCAAGGAGCACAUAAAUGUUUAAAACAUCGUAUAAUUUGCAUAUCAGUGAUUUGUGAUUCCUGUGCUGUUAAUUAUAACGUGCAAUCUCAAGUUCCCUGUUGAUUGUGCUCCUCCUCCCCUGCCCCUUUCCCAAAUCUGUAAUUUGCUUUGAUUUUUUUUUAAUACAAUAUACGUUGUGUA